AUGGUUAAUGAGCGAGAGCCAUCGAAGUAUUCUACCCAAAAUAAUGGGACUACAGCUAAAAGCAGAGCCCUCCAUGAGUUUGGGCAGCCAUCUCCACUUGGGUCUAACAGACGGAAUCCCUUCUAUAUCCCCAAAGCGAAUGAACCGCGUCCGGAACAUCACAGGCCGACGCAAUCGCAAACAGAGCAUCUAAGGGACGAUCGACUUAUAGCUGACCCCUUUCGAGCCGUGAAACCUUCAUCCACGUUCACAAGCUAUAGAUCAUCCUACAAGUUUAAUGAUGAUGAUGCCGUCGAAAUAAUGAGGCCCACCAAUGCUGCAUGGACUACGCAGCCUAGACCGAAACCGUAUUUCUCCUCCAAACCGAUAACGUCGACUGUGAGCAGAUCGUCGAGCAAUUUGAAGACGUUCAUGGAUUUGACUACAACCGAGAUCGGGCUAUCGAGCAAUGCUUCUACCUACAAUGAUGACUCCCGCUCGAUGGAAGCUUUUACGUAUGUUGACAGCGCGAAAGCAAACGAGAACAUCAAGGCAUUGCUGGAGGGUGCGUUUGAGGAUGAGGAUGAUAAACCCCGAACUAGGCUGCGGAAGAAGAAGCUCCAGAACCAGGUCGACGAAUUAGCGGAUAAACUAAAAGGGAUUGAUGUGAAUGAGCCAAAAGAAAGUCAGAAAGAUGCGAAUGCUGGGACUAAACUGGAGGAAGAUGAAGAAGGGGAAGAAGUGGACGACGGGACUGUUGAGGGUCUGAAAGUGAAGCUGUUGCCCCAUCAAAUUGAAGGUGUGAGCUGGAUGAGAGAAAAAGAAACUGGCCAAAAGAAAACCAGAGGUGUAUUGCCCAAAGGCGGCAUCCUAGCGGACGAUAUGGGCCUGGGGAAAACGGUCCAAACCAUCGCGCUAAUGCUCACUAAUCCGAGACCAACCCCCGAGAAAGAAAACAAAACGGCCAAUAAAAAAGACAAAACAAAUAUCCCGGCUCAAGUAGGGAAGGGAACGCUCAUUGUUGCUCCAGUGGCCUUGGUUAAGCAAUGGGAAACCGAGAUCAGCACCAAAAUCGAAGCCACUCACCGAUUAAAGGUUGGCAUUUACCAUGGCUCAGGCCGUACAAGAAUUGCCAAAGACCUGACGGAUUAUGACGUGAUCAUCACAACAUAUGGCACUCUAAGUUCUGAACAUGGAGGCUCAACGAAAACACAGGAUAGAAAGUCAGGAUGUUUUUCCGUGUGUUGGUAUCGAAUCGUUCUCGAUGAGGCGCAUACAAUCAAGAACCGCAAUGCCAAAUCCACGCAGGCUGUAUAUGCGUUAGACGCAUUGUAUAGGUGGUGCCUGACUGGAACUCCCAUGCAAAACAACUUAGACGAAUUACAAAGUUUGAUUAGAUUUCUCCGAAUCAAACCAUAUGAUGAGCUGGCGGCAUGGAGGGAACAAAUCACUCGGCCAUUGAACAACGGUCGAGGUGGCUUAGCGAUCCGCCGUUUGCAAGUCUACCUGAAAGCGUUUAUGAAGCGACGGACUAAAGAUGUUCUAAAGUUGGACGGGGGUCUAAAUAGCAAAAGCUCAGGGACGGAUAAGGAAGGCAACAACUCAUCGAGCGGUUUCCGAAUCACAAAGCGAGAUGUGAUAAAAAUAGAGGCAGAUUUUACAGCCGAAGAAAGGGAGUUCUACAGUCGGCUCGAGGACAGGACGGACAAGAGCUUAGAAAACAUGAUUGGUCAUCAAAAAUUGAAUUAUGCGAGCGCUUUGGUACUUUUGCUCCGUCUUCGGCAAGCGUGCAACCAUCUAGACCUCGUGAAAGGCGACCUCGCGCAGGAAAAAGAUACAAUCAUUGGCACCAAUGGAAGCCAGUCGAAGGUUUCGCAAGGCGCUGAUGUGGAUGAGAUAGCUAAUAUGCUGGGAGGUCUUAGCGUUAUCAGCAAAAGAUGUGACAUCUGCCUGAUCGACUUGACGUCGGAGGAAGCUCAAAGCGGCGCUAUUCGAUGUAAUGAUUGCGAGGCCGAUUUGAAGAUCCACACUGGCUUGCUAAAGGAGAAGAAGACGAGGAAGGAUAGGAAAAAGAAAUCUAAAGAUAACUAUGUGCCUGGACAAACGACCGAACAACAAAAGUCUCGAGCCCAGAGACGUCGAGUUAUCACGGAUAGUGAUGAUGAGGACGCUGGCGAAUGGAUUGUUCCCCAAAGCAAGCGAGUAAUAGAAGAUCUAGGGAAAGCUGGGGGACCCGAUGACGAAAAUGCAGAAGGUGGAGGCGAAUGGAUUGGAUCGGAAGAUUCUGAGACCAGCGAGGACGAAGAUGAAGACGGAGACGAAAGUAUCGAUAUUGAGAACGAGGAAGAUCUAGACGAUACCCAAUAUCAGGCGUUGCGGGAUGCCGUCUCUUCUACCAAGAUCAGGCAUCUACUGAGGAUACUGAAGCGAGAAGCUGGAGAAUUUAAAUUCAUCGUCUUCUCAGUUUUUACAUCGAUGCUGGAUAAGAUCGAGCCAUUCCUCAAAGGUGCAGGUAUUGGCUACGCGCGGUAUGAUGGUGGGAUGCGAAACGAUUUGCGUGAGGCGAGUCUUGAUAGACUUAGAAACUCGAGUUCCACUCGAGUACUUCUUUGUAGUCUACGAGCAGGUUCAUUGGGGCUGAACCUAACAGCCGCCAGCAGAGUGGUUAUUCUGGAACCAUUUUGGAACCCUUUCGUCGAAGAACAGGCUAUCGACCGUGUCCAUCGCUUAAAUCAAACGGUUGACGUGAAAGUGUAUAAGAUGACGAUCAGAGAUACAGUUGAAGCCCGUAUCCUAGACCUUCAAGAACGGAAACGCGAGCUAGCAAGUGCUACCAUCGAGGGCAAGACUGCUGCAAGCAAACUUACCAUGAACGAUAUGCUAGCAUUGUUCCGUCAUGAUGCGGAAGCGAAGUUUGCCGACGACGAUGGGUUGGACUUUUCUUCUGGAAAAGGUAGACUAUUGGAAUCAAAGGAAGCUUCAGAAAAUAAGUUUGAGUAUCCGUCGCUUAAUACAUCCUCGCGGAAUUCGGGCUCGAACCCGAAUCAGAACCAGGGCAGGAGAGCUACACCGCCAAUCAUGGAGAGAGAUAGGAAUAAGAAUCGGAAACCGGUGGAGGAGAGUUCAAUAUUCGGGCGGAGAUGGUGA